GGCCCGGCGGAGCCCAGUGCGGGGCCGGGGCCGGGCCCUGCCGGGGCGGGCGGCGGGAGGCGCGGGGUGCGGGGGGAUGCUGAGCCCCCCCGCCCGGCACCGCGCCCGCCGCCGGGAGAUGCUCCUCGUGGUCGCCCUGUGGCUGGCGUGGCAAGAAGCCCCCGCGGCGCCCACCCCCGCGGCGGACGACAUCACCCGAGGAGUUGACUGGCUGACAAAAUUUGGGUAUCUGCCUCCUCCAGACCCUGUCACAGGACGACUGCAGACACAGGAGGAGCUCACCAAGGCCAUCACUGCCAUGCAGCGAUUCGGGGGGCUCGAGGCAACUGGGGUCCUAGAUGAAGCCACACUGGAGCUGAUGAAGACCCCUCGCUGCUCGCUGCCUGACCUCGCCACUGUGGAGACCAGGAGGAAGCGAUUCGUGCAGGCUGUCACCAAGUGGAGCAAAAGGAACUUGUCCUGGAGAGUUCGAACCUUCCCCAAGGAGUCCCAGCUGGGCCACGACACGGUGCGAGCCCUGAUGUACUACGCCCUGAAGGUCUGGAGUGACAUUACCCCACUGAAUUUCCAUGAAGUAGCAGGCAACAAUGCAGACAUCCAGAUAGACUUCUCCAAGGCAGAUCACAACGAUGGCUAUCCCUUUGAUGGGCCUGGUGGCACAGUGGCACACGCUUUCUUCCCUGGGGACCAUUACACAGCAGGGGACACUCAUUUCGAUGAUGAUGAGUAUUGGACUUUCCGAUCAUCAGAUGCCCAUGGGAUGGACCUGUUUGCAGUUGCUGUCCACGAGUUUGGCCAUGCCAUUGGCUUGACCCAUAUCUCUGCUAUAGAGUCUAUCAUGAGACCCUACUACCAAGGUCCAGUGGGGGAUCCUCUGAAGUAUGACCUACCUUACGAGGACAAAGUCAGAAUCUGGCAGCUCUAUGGAGUCAGGGAAUCUGUGUCCCCCACAGCCAAGCCUGAAGUAAGCAAAACUGAAGACCAUCCUAUCCUGCCAGAGCUGCCAGAGAACCGCUCCACUGUCCCGCUCAGACGGGAUGUGCCCAACAGAUGCAACACUCACUUUGAUGCAGUGGCCCAGAUCAGGGGAGAGGCUUUCUUCUUCAAAGGCAAGUACUUCUGGAGACUGACUCGCAAUAAGCACUUGGUCUCCCUCCAGCCGGCUCAGAUCCACCGCUUCUGGCGGGGCUUGCCACUCAACCUGGACAGCCUGGAUGCCGUCUAUGAGAGAACCAGUGACCACAAGAUCGUCUUCUUCAAAGGAGACAGAUACUGGGUCUUCAAAGACAACAACGUGGAGGAAGGAUACCCACGGCCCAUCUCGGACUUUGGUCUGCCACUGGGAGGAAUCGACGCUGCUUUCUCCUGGGCCCACAAUGACAAGACUUACUUCUUUAAGGACAAUCUCUACUGGUGCUAUGAUGACCACGAGCGGAGGAUGGAUCCUGGCUACCCUUCAGAGACCAUCCUGUGGAAGGGAAUACCAAGCCCUUUAGAUGAUGCCAUGAGGUGGUCAGAUGGCGCAAGUUACUUCUUCAGGGGCAAGGAGUACUGGAAAGUGCUGGAUAGUGACCUGGAGGCCCAGCCUGGGUACCCUCAGUCCAUCGCUAGAGACUGGCUGGUGUGCAGCGACAUGCAGUCCGACUCCCCCGACGCCGCGGGGAGCAGCAGGACCGGGGCACGCUCCAAGCCGGGGCUGCACCACGAGAGCCGCUCGGAAAACGGCUACGAGGUCUGCUCCUGCACCUCCGCCUCCUCAUCCCUCUGGGCUUGCCCUGCGCUCAGACUGUCAGCCAGCCUCCUGCUGACCAGCGUGUGGACAGCGACACUGCUGUGUGCAGCCCUAUGACACCUCAUGCACGAAGGAGACAACGCCGUGGUGCUCCGGGGACGGAGGUGGAGAGACCUUGUGAUGCUAAGUGCUGCAAGCAGGAAAACAUUCCUAGGGACAUGCUGGCCAAGGGUUUGAAUUCUCCAUGAGAAAUGAACAGUGGGGUUUCUUUUUUGUUUGCUUGGGGGUUUUUUUUGUUUGUUUGAUUGUUUGGGGGUUUUGUGGGGGUUGGG